GAAAAUUUUGAAUGAAUUCAAUGAACAAAUAUAAUUUUGAACAUAAAGAGAAAAAUUCCCGUUACACAAAGCAUGAUUAUUUGACUUUAUAUGGAUCCUUAAUAUGAUAUGAGUGUAAAUUUGCUUAGUGGAUAAUGAUUAUCAUCAAAUACUUAUGAUGAAUAUACACUAGGAACUUAUUAAAAUUCUACAUUAGAUUGAUUUUAUUUGUUUAAAAACAUGACAACUUAACAUCAUGUAUAUUCUAUGUAAAGGUUGGAUAAUUGUAAUAUUGAUAUGUUCAUUUAUUUGGAGAGCAAAUACAUAUAAAGCAGAACAAAUUAUACGUCGCGGUCCUGGUCAAGAUCCACAAUGUGCAGACCCUUUAAUUAAUUCAGUUGAUAAAUUUCCAGAUACUUCAUUUUCAUCUAGUAGUGUUUGGAAGAACGCCACUGAUUUCCAGCCAUUUCGAGCUAGGUUAACAGAAGUUUAUGGAAGUAAUGAACAUACAAGUGGUUAUGCAUGGUGUCCAAAUACACAUGUAGAGGAUGGUUUACGUGAAUGGAUUCAAGCAGAAUUUUCACAUUUAGUCAUUAUUAGUGUUAUAUUUACAGCUGGACGUGGUGAUGGAAAUGUAAAAGAAUAUAUGCCAAAUUUUGUUUUACGAUAUCAACGGGAAGAUAAUGGUGUGUGGUAUGAACAUGUAAAAACUGAUGGUACACGAGUCCUCAAAGCUAAUAAUGAUCCACGAAAUAUUGCUAGAACUACACUUGAUUCAGUGGUUAUCGCUAAACGUAUCCGUAUCUACCCUUAUAGUCAUCGAUCAAAACAACAAGUUUGCUUACGAUUUGCAUUGUAUGGAUGUGAUUUCCCAGAUGGUGUCAUAUCUUAUUCAAUGCCACAAGGUGAUACUAUCACAUAUGGUCAACAAUUAUUAUUCGGUUCACCUUAUUCUACUAUUCCACAAAAUUUUCAAGAUUUAACUUAUGAUGGUCAAUUGAUUGAAUUAGAAAAUCAAUUAGUCGGUGGAAUAGGUCAAUUAAUGGAUAAUAUUGCUUAUUUAGGCAAUGUUACUCAACAUUCAGAUUCUCAUCCAGCUCAACCUGGUUUUCAUUUUAUUGGUUGGAAUGUUCCAAAUAAGAAUUUACGCAUUGUUUUUAAAUUUGAUGAAGUUCGAACUUUUAUUUGGUUACGUAUAUUCACAUUCGACUCUGUCCCAUUGAAAUCACGUGUAUUUUCACAAGCUAUCGUUGAAUUCAGUAUGGAUGGAAAGAAUUUUGAUAAAUCCAUUGAAAUUUCAACAAAUCAUGCUCGUCUAAUUGAUCCAAGUCAAAUUAAUCCAACACGAUUGUCUAUAUCUGAUAAUGAUAUACAAUCGUCAUCAUCAUUAUCUAGAUUAAAAAGAACAUCAAAUUCAAUGCACAAUGAAUUAAUUCAAGACACUAUAAUUUAUAAUAAUCAUGAAUGGGAUGGUGCAUUAGUAGUACAAAUCCCAUUAGCCAGUUAUAGAGCGCGUUAUGUUAGUUUGACUUUAACAUCAACUGACUCAUGGAUUUUAUUAUCUGAAGUACAAUUUAAUUCAACUAUUGUACAGCCUAAAUCUCUACUACCGUUAUUAUCCAAUGAAGAGAUUAAUAAUAAUAAUAAAUCAAUGAAAAAACCACCCGAUGAUGAUACUUCUAAUCAUUUAGAUAAUUCUCAGAAGAAAUUAUUCAAUACAGAUGAAAAUUCAUUUCGUGCUUCACCAAGAAUAGGGUAUCAUUCAGAAAUGUUAACUAAACAAGAUAUAAGAAACUCUAAUAAACCUAUGAAUCCAGAAAUUCAUUCACCAAUGAGUGUAGGCAACGAGAAGUCACUUACAUCAAAUCAUGAAAUUCGUUCAGCUGAAGAGAAUCUUGGUAAUCAUAAUGAAAAUUAUUAUUCUGCAUCUUCUUCAUCAUCAUCAUCACUGUCAGCAUCAUCAUCACAAUUAUCUCAAAUUAUUGUCAUUGUAUCUUAUGUACUAGGUGCUAUACUUUGUUUAUUCAUCUUGCUAGCUAUAAUAAUUAUUAUACAGAGAAAAUGUAAACAUUAUUUACAUUUUAAACAUCAAUGUUGUAAACAAUUAACAGUUGAAACAACAGGAAUUUCACCUAAUCAAUCCGGUGGAUUUUAUUCACCACUUUCUUUAAUUGGUACAUGUGGAAGUACUAAUCAUCAUCCUCAUGGAGUGAAUAGUUUAUUAAAUUAUAAUGUUGUAAAUACAAUGAAUAUUCCAGAAGCUGCAAAACUUUUACAAUCUUUGUCUACACUAUCACCUAAUACAAGAACAACGUUAACAACUACAACAACAGAUAAUUUUGUACAUAAUAAUAAUAAUAAUUGUUUAUCGAAUAAUGGUGGGAAUGUUGGCGGUGUCGGCGUCAAUCAUACUGUUCUACAUCAUCCAAAUAACAUAUUACAAUAUACUAUGAAUAAUAAUAGUAAUACUUUAGCCACAGAAAGUAAUUCAGUCAUUGUAAAUAAUAACAAUAAUAGGUUAUUCAGUACAGCAUGUGCUAAUAGUAUUGGUGGGAUCGGGGAUGGUCGUAUAAGUAAAUUAGAUUAUGCAUCUACAAUUGGUCAACCAUUACCACCUCCACCUCCCCCCACACUUCCAAAUGGUUUAUUACUACCUUGUAUACCUCAAACUGGUGUUGUCGGUGGUACUGGUAUGAAUCAUCAUAAUCAUCCUGGAACAACUGAUCAGCAUCACCAUCAAAUCACUGAACAACCAACAAGUAUGUAUAUGCAAACCAAUGCUGCUAAUCGAUUGGUUGGAAAUGAUUUGAAUAGUUUAAAUGGAAUGAGUCCUGAAUAUGCCAGUGCAUCUAUAUUCGGCUUUACACCACCACCAUCGGAUCUAUCAGAUGGAGCAUCUAUUCAUUGUGGAGAGAACAACAAUAAUGGUAAUAAUAAUAUUCCAUCGAAUUAUUAUCGUCCAAUUAUUUCAAGACUUGGUAAUAAUCAACAUUAUCCAACAUCUGGUUUGAUGCCUAAUUUAAAUUCCAAUUACAAUGGACCUCUUAGUACAUUAUCGAAUACAGGAGGGCCAACUUAUGAAUUGCAUACAAAAAUGCAUAUUUUACCUAACGACACUAUAAAUAAUAAUAAUAAUAGUAAUAAUAAUAUUAAUAAUAAUGAGCAAUUUUAUUCAUCAACUGUAAAUCAACCAAAUGCAACAGGAUUUUUAUUUCUUCCACGUUCACAAAUUGGAAAUGUUGGGGGAGGUGGAGGCGGCACUAUGAUGAAUCGAAUAUCGUUUGCUACUAAUCAAUUUCCACAAUUGAAUCAUACUAAUAUUCCUAGCAAUAAUGGAUUUAUAUCUGUAACAAGUGGAGAUUUAUAUAAUAUCUAUCAAACAACUGGGAUAAAUCUACCAAUUCAAUCAAAUUUACAGACCUCUCUACAACAACAACAACAACAACAACAAAUGUACUGUCAACAACAGCCAACUGAAUAUAAGUUUAUUAAACAAUCUGAUGAUAAUACAACAUGGCAAUUAUCAUCAACAUUAUCGAAUAAUCGACAAUCAAUUAUUAUCAAUUCGACACCUCAACAGAUAUCACCAUUUACCGAACAAUGUUUAAAUAAUUUAGAUUCUUCAUGGACCGGUACUGUAAAUAGUAAUAAUAAUGAUAAUAAUUCUCAUAGAAUAACAAAUAUGACAGAUACAAAUAUAAUGGGUACAUUGAAAGCUAACUAUUUCCUCCCUAUUAUGAAUACUUCAACUACACUAAAUAAUAAUAAUGAUAAUAAUAAUCCUAAACACGAUGAACAACAAAUUGCACAAUCAUAUUUUCUUGCAAAUCAUCAACAAGGGAAACAACAACAAAUUACUUAUCCUUCGUUUCCUCCUCCACCGCCACGAAUACUUACUUCAAUAAAUUCAGGGAUAUUGUCAACUACAUCACCAUCAACAACAAUAUCAACAACCAUUACAUCACCGAUAUCAUCAAAUGAACUAAAUUUUUCUCGUAGUAGUCCAGUAGGUGCAACAGAGGCAAUAACAACAAUAUCGACAGAAUCUGGAGCUACGAAUGGAAAUGGUGGGGGUGGUUGUUAUACCAUGAUUGAUUGA